GUAGACGGGUGCAGACGCUCCGGCUGUGGAGAGGAUUUACGCAAACAUUCUGUCCCCGGACAAGGAGGAAUGCACGCCGAGGUCGCCUGCGCUCCAUCUCCUAGGGCCCGAGCCGUGCGCCUUUAUUGGUGAACCACCGCGACAAGGAUGAGGCCUUUGGCGGUGGGCAGGACACGGGCCCUGCCCUUGGGGGCGCCUGCCUGCCAGGGCACCCGGCCUCUCCCCUCCUACUGGGCCCCUGGGAGCCGCUUCCUUCUGCUGGCGUUGCUGGUUUCCAUUGAGCAAAUCUCGGGAUCGCUUUUUGAGGAGACCACUCGGAAAUGGGUGCAGUACAGAGAGAAGUGUCUAAUAGACUUACUCAAGGCACCUUCUGGUGUUUUCUGCAAUGGGACAUUUGAUCAAUUUGUGUGUUGGCCUCAUUCUGCUCCUGGAAAUGUCUCUGUUCCCUGCCCUUCAUACUUACCGUGGUGGAGUGAAGAGAGCUCAAGAAGGGCCUACAGACGCUGCUCAGCUCAAGGCACUUGGCUGAAGCGAGAGAAUGGCACAGGUAUCUGGCAGGAUGACUCAGAAUGCUCCGAGGACCACAAAGCCAAGCAAGACGAGGAUCACUGGAAUUUGCUGUUCAUCUUGAGGCAGAUCUAUACCGUGGGAUACUCCCUGUCUCUCAUCUCCCUCUUCCUGGCGCUCACCCUCUUCCUGAUAUUUAGAAAACUCCACUGCACGCGCAACUACAUUCACAUGAACCUGUUUGCUUCCUUCAUCCUGAGAGCCAUGGCUGUUCUGGUGAGGGACAUCGUCAUCCACAGACUUCACUCCAAGAAACCCGACACAGAGGACGGUUGGAUGUCCUAUAUGUCAGAGAUGUCUGCCUCCUGCCGCUCCGUCCAGGUCCUCCUGCACUACUUUGUGGGUGCCAACCAGCUGUGGCUGCUGGUGGAAGGUCUUUAUCUUCAUGGACUGCUAGAGCCCACUGUGCUUUCUGAGAGGCGGCUGUGGCCUCGAUACCUGUUGGUGGGUUGGGUUUUCCCGGUGCUGUUCGUGAUUCCUUGGGCCUUGGCACGUGCAUACCUGGAGAACACAAGUUGCUGGGCAGACAAUGAAAAUAAGAAAAUCUGGUGGAUCAUCCGAGGACCCCUGCUGCUGUGUGUAGCGGUCAACUUCUUCAUCUUCCUGAAAAUUCUCAAGCUUCUCAUUUCUAAGCUCAAAGCCCAUCAGAUGUGUUUCAGAGAUUAUAAAUACAGAUUGGCAAAAUCAACACUGGUCCUGAUUCCUCUGUUGGGUGUUCAUGAGGUCAUCUUCUCUUUUAUCACCGAUGAUCAAGUUGAAAGAUCUUCCAAGCGGAUACGCCUUUUCUUUCAGUUGUCAUUGAGCUCCUUCCAGGGAUUCCUGGUGGCCCUGCAGUACUGUUUUUUCAAUGGAGAGGUGAAGGCUGAGCUACGGAGGCACUGGUUCCGCUUCCUGCUGGCUCGUCACUCCGGCUGCAGAGCCUGCGUCCUGGGGAAGAACUUCCACUUCCUGGGGAAAUGUCCCCAGAAGCUCUCAGAGGGAGAUGGCGCUGACAUGCUUCAGACAUUGCAGUCCUCACCUGACAACUUGCACCCGGCCGUGCGGGGUCCGGGGACACCAGCUGCCCGGCCCCAUCGGGGCCAUACUCCCUGGCCCCGGGCCAGCAGCCUGUCGGAAAGCAGCGAGGGGGACUUCACCCUGGCUAACACCAUGGAGGAGAUUCUGGAAGAGAGUGAGAUCUAGGGGGACCGUGGUUCUUCUUGGACUCCAGGGGACUCUGGACAGGCUACAAGGGACAGGUGUGGCUGAGCAUAGAACCACCCCCUCACCCAGAGUGAUGUCAGUCUGUCUAAAGGUUCUUCGAGCUCUGGGUUUGAGACUGAAUAGCAUUCCCAGCCUCUGUCUGCCCUUGCCCCCCUAAUAACCCCUACCUGUGUCUGCUUCCCCAAGGACAGCCUGCCUCUAGGUCCUACAUUCAAGUGAAUGGAGCCUUAUGAUGAAGAGAGGUCUUCCAUUAAACAGAAGCCAGCCAGGGACUCUUCCUUUUCCUCCUCCUAGUACACAAUUUGCUUCUGUGGUUGGGUUCAGGGUGCACAGGUAUUCCCCUGGAAGCUUUUUAAGGGUAGAAUCCAAAACUCAUAGUGGAUUUGUUGAGAAGAUGCAGUGUGGGGUGAUGGCUGGGAAGUGGAACUCUGUUACAGCCUGCCAGGUCAUCAG